CUUCAGGGGACGCUGACCUCGGAUCUGCUCAGAGUAUAAAUACAGAGUGAGAGGGCGAGUCCCCCCCACUCUGACUGACCAACCUGCUCUCUCUGUCUGUCUCUCUGUCUGUCUGUCUGUCUGUCUGUCUGUCGUGGAUCAGAUGAUGAAGCCUGUCGCUCUCUUUCUGAUGAUGACGAUGAGGAUGAUGAUGGUUUCUGUCUCUGCUGGUCCUCUUCCUCCGUCACUCAACGACUCCAGACGUGAUGAUCAGAUCACCGUGAGUCCUCAGCUGCUCGUCAACAAAGAGGAAAACUCCACCAGGUUCAGAUUCGAGUCUCGUCAAAGUGUCAACAACUCACUGGAAGAUUUCUCACGAGAUUCGAACCGGACGACGAACGAGACGAGUCCUUUCAUAUUCAUUCUUCCGCUGGAGAAACUGGAAACCUCUGAAGAUGUCUCACCUAAUGUGCGCUGCUUCCUCCCUACCUGUGGGACAGCGAGCCUCGCCUCCUCCCUCCAGAAGGGGGAUGAGAAAGCGGGCGGGGCGACCACCGACCCGUUCGGCAUCGGGAAGAAAUGACAGGAAACAGCUGUUCGAUCUAUGACGUCAUCGUCAUCGUCACGCCUGCAGAAGACUACGACUCCCAGGAUGCACCUUGGCCAGAAACCUCCAAUCACAGAGCUCCACGUUCACUUUCUGAAGCUAAAGAUCAGACUGAGAAUUCACUUUUAAAAAUCAGUCACUUUUGGAUGAAUUCAGUAACCAUGGCGAUGCGUUUGGUUCUCCACCACUCUGCCCUCUGGCUGAGGCUCAUGGGUAUUGUAGUAUUUAGAGUGCAAUUACAACUGUUCAGAGAACAAAUGUUGGUUAAACGAAACAUUUGAGACGUGAACACAGAAUAAUUUGAUGCUUCUGGUGUUUGGAUCCGGGUAGACCUGAACCGGGCCGGGUCAGGACCCAGUUUAACCUCUGUUUCACAUUCUGUCCGUGGAUGGCCCAAAAUACUACAAUACCCAUGAGCCUCAGCGAAAGAGAUGAGAGCUGGAGAAGAUAAAACACUUAUUAUUUUCCGUUGGUUUGGACCUUCAGAACGUUUGGAUUCAGCCAAUCAGAAUGGAGCUCUGUGAUUGGAUGUUUGAUGGUGAAAUGCACCCUGGGAGUCGUAGUUUUCCUUCCUUUUCUUUGUUGUUCAGGUUGAGACAACAGCCUGUUUCUAUAAAUCUGUCAAUAAACAGCUUUUAUCAAUCAGA